GUCUCUGACUGCAGAACAAGCUGUUGCCCUUACAACUUGCAUGCAGUGGAUUUGACCUCAUCUUUGACUACACGUAUUAUUUAGGAAUACGGAUAUUACGACCCCGCCAUGUCUCUUGCGGCAGAGGCCUUCGUGUCGCAGAUGGCAGCUGCUGAGCCGUGGCCUGAAUCGGCAACCUUGUACCAGCCGCUGAAGGAGGAUCAGAUUCUGCUGUCAGACUGCGCCUCAUCACUUGCUGUUCAGGCCUACCUCAGGAUGUGCGGCCUGCCCGUGCAGGUGGUUUGCAAAGCAAAUGCUGAAUAUAUGUCACCUUCUGGGAAGAUUCCUUUUAUCCACGUAGGGAACCAGGUGGUAUCAGAACUCGGGCCGAUAGUGCAGUUCACUAAAGCUAAGGGUAAUUCUCUGAGCGACAGCUUAGAGGACGUCCAAAGAGCUGAAAUGAAGGCGUACAUGGAGCUGGUCAACAACAUGCUGCUGACUGCUGAGUUGUACAUCCAGUGGUGUGACGACGCUACGGCUGCCGAGAUCUCCCGGCCCAGAUACAGCAGUCCUUACUCGUGGCCUCUCAGUAAAAUCCUCGCCUACCAGAAGCAGUGGGAGGUUCGCAGGAAGAUGAACGCCGUUGGCUGGGGAGGGAAAACCCUGGAGCAGGUUUAUGAGGAUGUGAGUCAGUGCUGCCAGGCUCUCUCCCAGCGGCUGGGAACACAACCGUACUUCUUUAAUAAACAGCCCACAGAACUGGAUGCGCUGGUGUUCGGUCACCUCUUCACCAUCCUCACCACCAGACUGACCAGCACCGAGCUGGCAGAGAGGAUCAAAAGCUACAGCAACCUGCUGUCCUUCUGCCGGCGCAUCGAACAGACCUACUUUGAAGACAAGAGCUCUUGAAGGAAAUGAAACCUCUGACCUGUAGUAGUAUUACUAUUGUUGUUGUUGUUGUUAUUAUGAUCUCAUCCUGUACAUUCGGUCCCGCUUCCUCUCAUUCCCUCGCUGUGGCACCGAGGAGCUAAAAUCCGCUUCUUUUCACACGCUUGUUUCCUUUUGGUCUUUCUUGCUGUCAUUCUCCUCUUUAAGGCGGCAUGUUGCUGCGUGCUGCUGAGAAUAAACCAGAUGAGCCAGUUGAGGGUUAAGAUGUGUACAUUGUAUUUAGAGAACUUUAUCUUAAAGUCUCCUAAAAUCACAGGAAAACUCCUUCAUACACACACACACACACAAACACAUGCAUAAGAUUUAAGAAAUGAAGGAGAUGAUUUAGACACAACUGAUGCCGUUCACCAGAAGAAGUCACGGCCCGACCUGCAGUCCAGCUGCUGCAGGAAGCCACAAAUCCAGUUUUCGCAGAGCCUUUAUGUUUCCAGCAUCAAGUGAGGACGCUCAGACCCUUCUGACGUCCCAGAAGGGGACCAGGUGUCUGUCAGUUGUGUCAGGCUCAAGGACACUUCAGCAGGUCCGUUGCUUCCUGACUUAAUUCACCUGCUCCUACUGUCACAUUCUGCUCUCAGGAUCGCCGCGUACUCUGACACGUCAGGGUUGCUUUUCUCUUCUGUGCAGAAAGACGUGAAGACGGUGUGACUUAAUCCUUUGUUUUCUCACCGUUAAUUUUUCUUGUGUGAUUUGAAAGUGCCUACAGAAUAAAAGUCCUCACAUUUAACAUGUC